UAAUAAUUAAAACGUCAGCUAUAAAUAUAUCAUUUUAAAUAAAUUAUGUCUUAAAUAAAUAUCAAAUAAUUCGUUCAUUUAAAAGUAUUGAGGUAAAAAGUAACAGUAAUUUGCCGUGAAAAAAAUAUUAUUUUUAAUUUUCGCCGCCCGCAAGGACACCAACUGCAUAAAUCAAAUUAACUUCUAGUAUGACAUGAAAAAAAUUCAUUUUCAUGCCACGUAUUUUUAUCAUCCAUAUUUACUUUUUAUGCAAUAAAUUAAUAUAUAUUAUUAUCUAAGACUUAAAACAUCAAAGUUUAUAAUUUUAGUAUGUAAUGUAAGUGCGCGCAAUUUAAAUUACAAAAGUUGUUUUUUAAAUUUUGAUAGAAAUUUUUGUUAACAACGUCAAUGAUAACGGCCAUCUUGGUGGAGUGAAGAGGUGAGAAAUAGACUGAAAGACAAGACCACCCGAUGUAGGUGUUUUCUAUUUAGUACCUAGUGCAUAUAUUAUUAUUAUAUUUCCUAAAGUUUAUAACGUGUGAUAUAAAUAUAAUAAUGCUCGUUAGAGUUUACAAAAAAGUCUGACUUUUUAUCCCACUGUGCUGGGAUUCAGGAUAAAUCGUGUGGAGCUGAUUAUUGUCAAGUUUUAUUGUGUACCAGUUUGGUUUUUAUAUUUCAAGAUAUUUAUUGCUGAUUUGUAAUCAUGAAUGCUUCAGAACAUGGGUUUAACCCGGCAUUUAAUAUGGCCUCCCUAAAACAGGCAUUCAAUGAAGCUGUUGAAAGAGUAUCAACAGUGAGAAUGCCAGCACCAACUCGACUACGGGAUUUGAUAAGACAAAUAAGAGCCGCCCGUACAGCUGCUGAAGAACGCACGGUCGUCAACAAGGAGUGCGCGUAUAUAAGAUCGACGUUUCGUGAAGAAGACAGCGUUUGGAGAUGUAGAAAUAUUGCUAAGCUUCUUUAUAUUCAUAUGCUAGGUUAUCCUGCACAUUUUGGUCAACUUGAGUGUCUGAAACUCAUUGCAUCUCCAAGAUUUACAGACAAACGUAUUGGUUACUUAGGCGCGAUGCUGCUGCUUGAUGAGCGACAAGAUGUCCAUCUUCUUAUCACCAAUUGCCUAAAAAAUGACUUGAACAGUUCAACGCAAUUCGUCAUCGGGUUGGCUCUGUGUACACUAGGAGCUAUCGCAUCACCUGGAAUGGCGCGUGAUCUCGCCGCGGAAGUCGAGCGAUUGAUGAAAUCACCGAACGCGUAUAUCAGAAAAAAAGCAGCGCUCUGUGCGUUCAGAAUAAUCCGACGUGUGCCGGAACUCAUGGAGAUGUUUUUGCCAGCGACCAGGAGUUUGUUGACUGAAAAAAAUCACGGAGUUCUCAUUACUGGAGUCACUCUUAUCACUGAAAUGUGUGAGAACAGCAUCGAUACGUUGAAUCAUUUUAAAAAGAUUGUUCCCAACCUCGUGCGAAUUCUCAAGAACUUGAUCCUCGCGGGCUAUUCUCCAGAGCACGACGUCUCCGGUGUAUCAGAUCCUUUUCUUCAAGUGAAGAUCCUCCGACUGCUGCGGAUCCUCGGACACAAUGACGUGGACGCUUCCGAAGCCAUGAACGACAUUCUAGCCCAGGUCGCCACCAACACAGAGACCAGCAAGAACGUCGGCAACACGAUUCUCUACGAGACCGUGCUGUCUAUCAUGGACAUAAAAUCAGAGAGCGGAUUGCGAGUCCUGGCAGUCAACAUCCUCGGAAGAUUUUUGCUUAACAACGACAAGAACAUCCGCUACGUCGCUUUGAACACUCUUUUGAAAACAGUUUACGUGGACACAAGCGCAGUACAGAGGCACCGCUCGACGAUCCUCGAGUGUCUCAAAGACCCUGAUGUCUCAAUAAGAAGACGCGCUAUGGAGUUGAGUUUCGCUCUGGUGAACACCAGCAACAUCAGGAAUAUGAUGAAAGAACUUCUUCUAUUCCUCGAACGAGCUGAUCCAGAAUUCAAAGCCCAGUGCAGCAGCAACAUCGUCAUGUCCGCUGAAAGAUACGCUCCCAACAAACGCUGGCAUCUGGAGACUUUGUUCAAAGUCCUCGUUGCUGCUGGCAAUUACGUAAGAGACGACGUUGUCGCCUGCACUAUUCAGUUGAUAUCCGAGACUCAGGCGCAACAGGCUUACGCAGUAAAUGCUCUUUGGCAUGCACUGGAAAAAGAUACUUUUGACAAACAACCGCUAGCUCAAGUUGCCACCUGGUGCAUUGGCGAAUAUGGAGAUCUGCUGCUCUAUGGACAACCUCCGGAAGAUGUUGAGGCUCCUGUUAAUUUAACUGAAGAUGAUGUGAUUGAUGUGUACCAGAGGCUACUUUGGAGUCCACAGAAUACAGUUAUAACAAAGCAAUACACACUUUUGUCAUUGACAAAAUUAAGCACGAGAUUUCAGUGUGGAAAUGAUAGACCGCCUCGAUUUUACAGGAAGAUCCGCCAGAUAAUUGACACAUUCGGCAGCAAUCUACAUGUUGAACUUCAGCAACGAGGAAUUGAAUUUUCCCAACUCUUCCGGAAGUACGAUCAUCUGAGACCGGCGUUAUUGGAACGAAUGCCGCCGAUGGAGACGGCUAAGCCACAAGCUAAUGGAAUCAUCGGAAUGGUCAAUGGAGACCAGGAUGUGGAAGAAGAGAAGCCAGCUGCCGAAGUCUCACCUUCUGCUGACUCAAGUGCUCUGCUGGAUCUUCUUGGAUCAUCAGACCUGGGCAUGCCCUCAGUGUCUUCUCCAGCUACCGCAGCAUCACCAGCAAUAACUCCCGUCAAUAAUAAUGAUCUGCUGGACCUUCUUGGAGGUCUUGAUCUUACCAGCACACCAGCUCCCGCGCCUGUCACUCAAAUUCAAUCACCGUCAGCUUUCAGUCCUACAAACUUUUUGGUUGAUGGACUUUUGAGUUCUGCUCCACAAAACGACGUGCAGAGUAUGAUCAUCUUCGACAACGCCGGGUUGAAAAUAACAUUCAAAGUUGAACGUGCGACUGAUUCGCCUGAUCUACUUGUCAUCAACAUGACCGCUGUCAACACAAACGCAACACCGCUCACAGACUUUCUUUUCCAAGCGGCAGUUCCUAGGACAUUCCAAUUGCAAAUGCUUUCACCAUCGGGUACCGUAAUCCCACCAUCAGGACAAGUCACUCAAGUUCUCAAAGUAUCCAGUCUUAAUAAUGGAACUUUACGAAUGCGCUUACGUAUUUCCUAUACCGGACCAUCGGGACCAGUACUAGAACAAACGGAAGUUAAUAAUUUUCCACUGAUGGGAGUUCAGUGACAGCAUGCAAUUCAAAAUGAAAUUGUAUAUACGCCUGCCUAAAAAAAAAAAUAAAUAAAGAAAAUAUUCGCGAAAUUUAAUUACAAUUAUGUACACAGAAAAAAGGAUUUCUUGGCGCAAAAAUUUUUUAUAAAUUUAAAUUUUUCUUGGCGCAAGAAAUUUUUUUUCUAUUUAAAAAUGAAAAACUUCUCGCGCCAAGAAUUUUUUUCUUCUGUGUAUAUUUUCGGGUAUUUCUGUACUUAAAAUUAUAAUUAUUUUUACAAUAUUGUUAUUGACUGAAAAGUCAUCAAUUGUAUGAUAAGACAAUUAAAUUCAUACCAUGGUUUUAUUUUAAAUUUUUAUACCGCAAUGUGGAAUAUCGCCAUCGUAUUUUUUUUUGAAUGCAUCGUAGAUUUUAUUAUUAUUUAAUUAUAUUGAAAAAAGUUGUCAGUAUCAAUAGUAGUUCCGUCCUUUAUUUUGGUGUGAGAUGGAAGUAAUAAAUGCGUAUUAAAACCAUUGAAUUAAAAUAAUAAUGAUAAUUAUUAUUAAGUUUAAAAGAACAGGUGGGUGGGUAUCUGAGUGGCCUUGCUCUCAAAGUCUGUGACACAGCUCCAGCUCAGCCAAAAUGUUUUCCUUUUGGAAAGGGUGUGAGCUCUGCCUACGUUCUCAACAUUACAUUAAUUUUAUAAAUUAAACUAAAUAAUAAUAAGUUAAAUAUAAAUAUUAUAAAUAAACAUAAAUCCCAUUUAUGAAUAAAAAUAAAAAAACAAUUCAUGUUAAAAGCAACAAGAAAAAUAAUUAACGCUGUAUAUAAUUUAUAGUGAGGUGUAAAAAUAAAAUGUAUUUUUAUUCCAUUACAA